CGAGUUAUGGCGAUCGCAGCGCCAUUGCACUGCAACUGGCUGGGAUCGCGUCUCUCUUAUAGGAGAAUGUGGAUCAGCAGCAGCCAGCGUAAUCUCGGCGCCGGUAGGACCGUGACGGCUGGCCUGCUGGAAGAAAUACCUCAAAAUCAUGUUUUGGCGAGCGCAGCUCUCGCUGGAUUGUCCGCUCAGCUCGUGAAGCCAUUGACUGCAGCUGUAGCCGGGAAAGGGUUGAAUUGGAAGCUCAUGCUCAGAUCCGGCGGAACACCCUCGGCUCAUGCCGCUAGCAUGGUUGCCGCCGCAACUGCUCUUGGCUUGGAGAGGUAAAUCUAUUCUCAACUGGGGAUUUUCGGACUCGCUGUUCGGCUUCGCGAUGGUAGUCGCUGGGAUUGUCAUGUACGACGCACAGGGGGUCCGGAGAGAAGUCGGCAAACACGCCGAGAUUCUCAACACAAUAGCCUUCGCGCAGUACAAAGUUUCGAAAGAACCAUCACCCCGAUCAUCGAGGCCGGAAUUGCUCGUCGAGGCACCGGUGGGAGCUACGAAAUCAUCAAACGCUUUCGAGAGAGGAGAAGUGGAUUCCAGCAACAAUGGGCCUUUCUCCAGAUCAACCAAGUUCUUCAAGACAGCGCAAAAUCUUCCCAGCAUGAAAGAGGGCGAAGUGUCGAUCCAAGAACUCGGGAGCGAGGAUGGAUGGCAGUACAUUCCACUCAAAGAAUCGACCGGUCACACAAAAUCCCAAGUUCUCGCCGGUGCUGUGUUUGGGGCCAUCCUCUCAGUCAUCUCCCACGCCAUUGGAUUGAGCUAAAUCGCCGUGGCCAGGUUGCGCCACGUGUCGCACCGACGCUGUGCGUUGCUUUAGCGUGUGAAGAGAGAGAAAGGGAGGGAGGAAUGUGGCAGAGUACUCUCCAAUAACAGCUCUUCUAGGGUUUAUGCCAGCAACGAGUUGCGUGUAGCCAUGCCGUGAAUCGGAUCCACCGCGCCUUCUGGAUUGAGCGCCAGAAUCUUCUCCUGGAUCGCGCCGGGUAAUCUCCAGGCCAGCGCAUUCUGGGAGCUGGAUCGAUCUACAGGGAUAAUGCGUGAUUUCUCGUGUGGCCAGGACGAUGCGCGUUUUUGUGAUUGCUCUCAGCCUCUCGAUAGUUCUUCUGUCAGCUGCAUUCACGAAUUGGAGCGUGAUUUCCCUCUUGUUCCUGGUCAGUUUUCUCGUGUUCCAAUACGAACUUAAAGGACAAGUCCAAUCUGGAAAACCAUGGCAAUCCUUGUGGAUGUCGCUGGGAGUUUCUUUGCUUGGAACAAUUUGCGGGGUUACUGUUGCAUUGCUACAGGCUACAGUCGGAAGGGACUGGCGGUUCUGGAAGUCGUCCAUCUCAAAAGUUUUUGGUGUUUCAAGGCUCGAUCAUUCCGAUGGCAUUCUUUUAUUUUUCCUACCGAAAAUGCUCGUUGGAGUAGUUUCUUUGUAUGGGCUACGCUGGCGAAGACGGAUCGAAUUUGGACCUCGAGAAUUUGACGCAUUUGAAGUUAGAGCUUUCUUACGGAAUUUCGUUCUUCCAACGCUGCAGAUAGUCGCGGGAUCUAUUUUCCCAUGCUGGGCAGCUUUGCCUUACUUCGUCUGUAGUUGCACUGGGCUUUUUCAUUGGUCCAUGACCGGCAACUUCUUCGGGCUCUCUUGGGGAUGGCAACCUUUACUAGUUUACAACACCAUGCACAUUAUCAUUUUCUAUGUUCGCCAAUUACCAAUUUCGUUUCCGACGCGGCUUCUACACAUAGUAGACUAUCUCGGACUCUUUGAAACCUCAUCAGCGGAAAUGACUUGGGCAAAAGGAGUACACCUGAUCUCUAUUUUAACACUCUUUGUAUUGCUAUGCUUCGCAAUUGGAGAUUUGAAGGACUUAUACCACGUAAAGCAGGCUUUGAUUGCAAACGAGGAUAAUCUGUAUCAAGGCCUUUUAAACUCCCCAAGAAGCGCCAGAUCAAGACAAUGGUGGAUAUCGGAGCAACAACGUUUUCUUGUUUUCAAAAAAGUCGCUAUGUAUUUUUUCGCAUGUGGCUUUCCUAUUUGCCUUUUCGCUCUUGUUUGCUGGAGUUUUAAGUUCGCAAGUUUCUGCGCGUUUUUCCUACUACUGUAUGUUGGAAUUAUAUUGUACAUAUUUCCAUCUUUGUUCCUUUUACGUCGCCUAAAUGGAUUGCUACUUGGUUUUAUACUCACUUGGGCAUCAUGUACAUAUAUUUUCAAUGCGGGCUUCACAGUUUUUGCCACCAGUGAAUUUGCAGGACGUCGAUAUUUGGCAGACAGUUGGCCUUUGGAAGUACUCAUCACCUGGACUUUUCCUUCUGGCCCAAUAUGCUCUCGGUGUUCUUGUUGCGACUGACUUAUUUGUGGGAAAUAGCAUUUUAAAGAGUGCCAAUGAAGUAGAAGGAAUCGCUGAAGAUGACACCUUUCGAGAGGAUGAGCUAAGAAAGAAAUGGAUUCUGUUUAUUGCGGUGAUAGCAUGGUGCCUACGAAGAAGCACCCAUGUGAUAUCACUUGUUCUUAUAUUUAUAGUCGCUCUUAGAAGUGGAUUUGUUCAUGCGGUGUAUAUGAUAUUCUUCAUGGUUUAUCUUCUUAGCUCGUCCGUGGCGAGAAAAACUCGCCAAUAUCUCAUGCUUUAUUGCGAAUUGCAUAUUUCUAUUCUUUACAUCUUGCAACUCCAAUCGAUUUCAGCACUCAUCACUGCUCAUAGUAAAAUCUUAAAGCCCGUUCUCUCUCAACUAGGGAUAUGGAACAAGGCAACAUAUCAUGAUUACAUACCUGUGGCAGCUCUAUUGUGCUUUUCUGCAGUUCAGAAUCAUGGAAUCAAAGUGAUAAGCUCUCUGUCAGCAGUGGCACGUCAGAGUGCUCUGAAAUACAGGCCUUAUGUGUUAUCAGUUUACGGUUCAAAAUCCUUUGCAUAUAAUUUCGAACCUUCCUCUACUGAAAACUGGAUCACUAAUCACCUUGCUACUGUUGGUGAGCAUUUUCGUGCAACUUACCGUUCGUUUGGAACAUAUAUCGUGUACGCCACAGUCCUCAUUACAGUCUAUGCAGCGGAGCCAAAUUAUAUUGCGUUUGGCUUCCUUGCUCUGCUCCUCUUUUGGAUUAUUGGUCGACAGGUGCUCGGGAAAACAGAAUGGAUAUUAUGGUCUCCACUUUUCCUCUACACAUGCUUGGUUUUUGUUUUGCGGUACCUCCUCAGCGUUUUUCCCGACCUGCAGCCAUUUGCUGAGAAACUUGUGGACUUGAAGGGUGACUUGGGCUUUGAUGGAAACGCGUCUCUCUUCCUUCACGUAUGGGAUUCUCUAGCUAUAUUAGCUGUCCUGCAGCUCUACAGAUUUGAGCGAUCCCAGUCUUGCUUGGAAGAAGACUCCAUUCACUUUCCGUGUUUUAUGAGCAACCUGGACUUCGUAAAGCGGCUCCUUAUACUACACAGUGGAAAAGUUUUGUUUGUCGCCGUGUUUUAUGCUUCUAUUUUUCCGGUUGGCGGUUUCGGAUUUGUCUACCUUAUUAUGCUGGUGAUAUCCUGUGCCGUGCCGAAGUCUUCUCCUUUAUCUUCUCAGCUUUUCGCUGCGUAUACUGGGCUGCUUUUAUUUCUCGAGUAUCUGUUCCAGCUGGUUGAUAGGCAGGAUGGCUGCUUGGCACAAAAUGCCGACCUUAUACACUGGCUAGGACUUCGUAAAUACGAGGAAGGUCCCUGGGGUAUUGAAGCUGGAAGCCGCAGCAAGACACUGGUUAUACUGGCUUGCAUGCUGCAAUACUGCUCCUUCCAAUGGCUAGAACAAGUACCAAGUUCUUUACGACGAAACGAGGAGCCAUGCAUGCUGUUUUCUCUACCAUUCAGCGGGAGAGCAGACAGCGACGAUCGUCGUCAGGCCACAUUCCAUCGCGUCCAACCCCACAGUCCUCGUCUUGAUGAACCUCUUAUACGGAAACCGGAACAGGCUAUCAACGCUGAAGCGCCUGAUAGUAAAAAAUAUGUCCACAGAUCUCCUUCUCUGACACCAAAGGAAAGCAGGAAAUGGAGUAGACGAGCGCUAAUUAUGAAGCAGGAGACUUACGAAGCCCAAUGCCAGGCUUUGAAAAUGUGGGGGCAGUUUAUACUCGAGAAUUUUUUCACAAUAUUCGGCGUCGAGAUGAUCAUGCUAUGCCUUCUGGUCGCAGCGUUUGCCGUUGUCAACGUCUUUUCUUUGCUAUAUAUUCUCAUACUCGCGCUAUGUAUUAUAUUGAGCAAGAAAUGGCUUCGUCCGCUAUGGCCUGCCUUCACAGUUCUGUUCGCCGGCGUACUCCUCUACGAGUAUGCAACGUUGGCAAAGCUCCCGCCACCUUGGAGUGUUUCAAAUGAAUCAACGAAACGUUGUCACGAUUGCUGGGCUGACUUGAAGGGAAAGUCGAAGUUUUGUUGGAGUUGCUGGCUUGGUAUGGUGGACGAUAGGCAGGUGCUAGUUGCAUAUUUUAUGGUCUUCAUCGUUACGUCUUUCCAGCUUCGGGCAAAUAAGUUGCUCGAAACUGUAUCACUACAGUGGACUGGCAUAUCCGCAACACACAGGGUAGCCUGGGCAGAGAUGUCUUACGAGACGACGGUUCACUGGACAUGGCUGGACUAUCUUCGUUUCUUUUUCUAUCGCCAUCUUUUACACGCUGUUUUGCUGCUAGUUUUCAUCACGGGAACAUUACAAUAUGACCUCUUGCACCUCGGCUACCUCGCAUUCUCCAUGGUAUUCUUCCACAUGCGAACUACAGUUAUGAGGAGACGAAACACUAUUUUUCUCUUCUUGAGGCUAUACAAUUUCAGUCUUAUAGUGGCGUCGCUCGUCUUCCAAGCGCCUUUCUUUGGAUUUGUAGCUGGUUGCUCGCCGUCAAGCAUCUUUGGUCUCUACAAAUAUGACUACGGCUUCAAGAUCACAGCCCGCUCUGCUCUCGUGGACAUUACAAUUUUCUGCCUUGUAAGCUUGCAGUCUCGAGUUUUCAGAACAAAGGAGUUCGAGCAGGUCCUUCGUUAUCUCGCGGCAGAGCAGUUUGAAGCGCUGGCCUGUGCUCACGAAAGAAAAGCAGAAUGGAAGAAGGAGCAGCUGCAACGAGUUCGAGAGAUAGAAGAAAAGAAAUCACAGAGGCGGUUACAGGUGGAUAAGAUGAAGAUGGAAAUGGUUCCCCUACAGCUACGUCUGGACGUGCUGAACUCUGCGAGUAAAUUCAGGGAAGCGUUUUCUCCAUCAAACAUUCCUCGUUUCUUGCCAAAUAAGGAUGCGGCGGCCUCUGGGACUCCUUCUCGGCUGGUUAACUCCAUUUCGGACAGUGCCCUGCUUGAUCACUCUGGACACCGUCGUGACUCUGGUGCUGAUUCUUGUAGAAGGAGGCGGAAACUCUUUUUGGAACAGGAUGACAACGAGAUAAAACCUGAGGUGUUGGACAGGGGAAUUAUCUUACAGAACCUGGACAAAGAAGACAGCAUGGUGAAGACACCUUCAAUGAAGCAUAGUCUUCUAUCUGGGGUUUCCUUCCUCGAAAACGGUGUCGCGCAAAUGCAUGACAUCGGAAACAAGGCACUCGCCAACCUGGUCGGGCUUCUCAACAUUGAAAAUCCAGAUUCCGAUGAAGCAGGCAGCUCUUCUGCUGAUGAAGGUGAUGAUCAAAGGCGACUACCCAAGCACAUCUCUCCUGGAAAACUUGAAGAUCAGAAGUCUCCUAUGUUUGAAACACGCCAGCGCUUGAGCAUUCUAAGCACCUACGUCUACUCACUGGUCCUUGCAAACACAGACGUUGUCUGCUACGUGCUUUUCGUGCUUGUCUACGUAUGGAACUUCAGCCUCCUUACUUUGGUGUAUCCUGCGUGCCUGUUUCUCUACGCUCUACUGGUGAAUCCAGGACCAACACAACUAUUCUGGUCAGCAAUGCUUAUGUACACAGAAAUCCUCAUCCUGCUUCAGUACAUGUACCAGACACUGGUAAACCACUGUGGCCACGACGAGCUUCCAUCAUGGUUGAAGCAGAUCGGGAUUCCAGGAAGAAACAUGAACCGGUCGUUUGUGGCGAGUGUUCUACCGCUCUUCCUGGUCUAUCUAGCCACCUUGGUCCAGAACUCUAUCAAAGACCGUGAAGGGGAGUGGAUGCUUGCCACGGACUCUAAUUCUUUCUUCACUUCCCGACGUUCGCCCGAUCUGGAAAAUCCAAACCAGAACUUUUCUGCCGGAAAGUUCUGGACGUGGAUUGCCGGCUACUGCAUUGGAAGCCUGAAAACCGUCUUGAAGUGCUGGCGUUCUCUUACGAGCGGCUCCGAAGUCCCUCCUCACUUCGUUCAAGUAAAGCUGUCCGUCUCCAAGUGGUCCGAACACGGUAUACAGCCGGAGAGAAUUGAGACCGCUUUCAACCGGCUGCUAAUAGUUGUGAGGUACGAAAGCUCCAGCAGCAGCGGUGCAGUGCUCGAAGACGCUAGCCGGGUGCGUGUGGAGAGCCUAGAGUGUGGAACGGACGAGUCUACCGCGUUCGCUAUGCUGGAAGUUAUUCAUGCAGCGCCUGCAUUGGGAGGGCCUGUUAGCGACCUCUUCACAUCCUUGACUCCGGCUUCGGACGUUGCCACAGAGAUUGUCAAGGCCAAACAGGACGGGUUGCUCGAACAGGCCAACUUUCCAUAUCCCAUUCUAUCUGUCAUCGCUGGGGGAAGAAGACAAGUUGAUCUUUACGCCUACGUUUUCGGCACGGACCUUAUCGCGUUCAUGUACAUGGCAUUGUUCUACCAAUCUUUCAUCAAGAGCACACCAGAGUUUCUCGACGUCUACCAGCUCGAGGAUCAAUUUCCAAAAGAAUACGUUUUCGCCCUCAUUACGCUGUUCUUCCUCAUAGUACUGGAUAGAGUACUGUAUCUUAGUGCGUUUGCAACCGGGAAAGUGAUUUACUAUUUUGCUACGCUCAUUUUUUUCACGGGCUACAUAACAAAUUUUGUUUGGGGAAUGGAGCUGAAGCACAACAACACUGGGACAUUCUUUCAGCUUCUUCCGCUUCGUGGUUUCUUCCUUCUCAAAGCUUUAUCUCUGGCGUUUCAGGCACAGCAAUUGCGAUUUGGUUUGCCACACAAAAACACGCUGUACGAGCAGUUUUUGACGAGAAAGAUCAACAGCUUGAGCUGGCUUGGCUUUCGUAUAUACCGAUCCUUGCCUUUCUUGUUCGAGCUUCGGUGCGUACUCGACUGGUCGUGCACAACAACUUCUCUUUCAAUGUACGAUUGGCUAAAGCUGGAAGAUAUCUAUGCCAGCCUCUUUUUGGUGCAGUGCGAUAAUAAACUUGCGCGAGAGAAGCAUCAGCUGGGACAGAAGCGAAGUAUUUGGGUCAAGUUUACAAAUGGUGUUUGCCUUUUCCUUCUAUUGAUCUGCGUUAUCUGGGCUCCAAUGCUGAUUUAUAGUAGCGGAAAUCCUACCAACUUCGUGAACGAGAUCACGGAAGCACACUUUGAGAUCAGUCUCAGGACCGCUGGUGGAAGCUUUACAUUCUACAGGAGUCAGCUUUGCAAUCUACAUUCAAUGGCAGAUAUAUUAGACAGUGGAUAUGACAUAGAUGUCGACAACGCUCUCGAUUCCUUCGACAGCAAGGACGUACAGAUGGUGUGCUGUGAAGAGGAUGCUGACUCACUUUGGUUGAUACCACCGCCGACACUGAGAAAUCUGGUGAAAUCUUUCACUGAGGGAGUUUUACUGGUUCCAUCCUGGAAUUUCCAUCGGGAGAGGCCAAAGAGCAAGGAGACUGCCACCUUCACCGGGCUUCCUUUGGCGAUCAAGCAGUUGCAAGAGGUCCUAAAUGGAACACUCAGUUCUAUCCUUGUGGCCGAUCUCUAUCCGCGGUACUUUAGAGUGACAAGCGGAGGAGAAGCUCGCUUGCUAGAGCAAACCUCCGCGACUGUGUCUGGCAACCUUACUUUGAAUAGAGAAACUCAAGCGUGGUGGUCGUUUAACGUAUCUUCAAGCGGUGUUUGCGGAGACGUGACCGGCCCAAUGGCCAUUGCGGUUUCGGAGGAAGUCCCAAAGGGACUGAUCGGCGACACGCUCAGCAAAUUCAACAUCUGGAGCUUGUACAUCACCUUCGUCCUAGCAGUCGGUCGUUUCAUCCGGCUGCAGUGCGCGGACUUGAGAAUGAGGAUUCCGUACGAGAACUUCCCAUCGUGCGACAGAUUGAUAGCGAUCUGCGAAGACAUAUACGCGGCACGCGCUGAAAGAGAACUGGCACUGGAAGAAGGAUUGUUCUGGACGCUGGUGAAAAUCUAUCGCUCCCCCCACAUUCUCCUCGAGUACACCAAAACCGAGUGACUACGAUGCGUCGUCCUAGUGCCAGCGAGAACAUGGUUUACGCGCGCCAUGGAGGGAGAAGGGAAGUACGAAUACAUGAAACUCAAGGACGCUUGCAUCGCCGUGGAGCAACAGGUAAACUUCUAUGGCGUUGUCAUCGACUACUCGCUUCCAAAGCCCACGAAGGGCAAAGACAUGAUCUGCACGAUGACUGUGGCUGAUAUGUCCUCGCCCGGCUUGCGGGUUCUCGUGUUCGGCUCCAAAGAUCACGUCCCCUACGUUAGAGCUCUCCACGACAUUAUACGUUUCCAUCGCGUCCGGAUUGAUAUUCACAAGGGAUCGCCUCAGGCGGUUGCCAGCUUGGGCAAAGCAUCCGCAUUUGCUGUGUUCGAUGGCGGCAGUGGUGGCAGCAACGAGCCUUAUCAGAUCUCGUCCAACGCAUUCACGUUCGAGGAACACGACCGAAGGAUUCUGGACUUGAUGCGAGCAUGGAGGAGCACUCAUCUUUCCAAGCCUCUUUCGACUGAGUACCUCGUCCGAAUAAGAGACAUCAAAGAACCCCACUCCUAUUUCGAUUUGUGCUGCAAGGUGCUUCACGUAAGCAGGCUGUCCGACGACUGUCCUACGUUUGUAUACGUCUGGGAUGGCACGGAUUCACCAGCAACAACAUCUCUUCCCUUUGUGGAGAGCCCAUCGCUACCACUCGUGACACUGCGGCAGUUCCCUUCGAAAGGCACCGUCUUACAAGUCGUUGUCGACUUUGCUUCCGACGAACACGGGGACUGGAUUCCGCGAGUCGGGAGCUGGGUCAAGU